AUGGAAAGGCUUCAACGAAUGUUCGCCGGUGCCGGUGGAGCCCUAGGUCAUCCACCUCCAGAUUCCCCAACCCUAGAUUCCUCCGAGCAAGUCUACAUCUCAUCCCUCGCCCUUCUCAAGAUGCUUAAACACGGUAGGGCUGGUGUUCCCAUGGAGGUUAUGGGUUUGAUGCUUGGAGAGUUUGUUGAUGAGUACACCGUUCGUGUUGUUGAUGUGUUUGCAAUGCCACAGAGUGGAACUGGUGUUAGUGUUGAAGCGGUUGAUCAUGUUUUUCAGACUAAUAUGCUUGAUAUGCUUAAACAAACUGGACGACCUGAGAUGGUUGUUGGUUGGUACCAUUCACAUCCUGGAUUUGGAUGUUGGUUGUCUGGGGUUGACAUCAAUACACAGCAGAGUUUUGAGGCUUUGAAUCAGCGAGCUGUGGCUGUAGUUGUGGAUCCAAUUCAAAGUGUUAAAGGAAAAGUGGUGAUUGAUGCUUUUCGAUUGAUCAAUCCUCAGACAAUGAUGCUUGGGCAAGAACCAAGGCAGACAACAUCCAACCUGGGUCAUCUGAAUAAACCAUCCAUUCAGGCUUUGAUCCAUGGGUUGAACCGCCAUUAUUAUUCCAUAGCUAUCAAUUACAGGAAAAAUGAACUUGAGGAGAAAAUGUUGCUUAAUCUUCACAAGAAGAAAUGGACCGAUGGUUUGACACUUAGGCGAUUUGAUACACAUUCCAAAACUAACGAACAGACUGUUCAGGAAAUGCUGAGCUUAGCUACCAAAUACAACAAGGCUGUCCAAGAGGAAGAUGAACUGCCCCCUGAGAAGCUUGCAAUUGCAAAUGUGGGUAGACAAGAUGCCAAGAAGCACCUUGAAGAGCACGUCUCCAAUUUGAUGUCUUCUAACAUUGUUCAAACUCUGGGAAUGAUGCUUGACACUGUUGUCUUCUAG